CGCAGUAUUUACGUUGCUGUGGGAGUGUGGGCGGCAGGGUUUUAGCAACAUACGAAGUACAGAGUAUAUACGGAGUUUAUAACUCUCUCAUCUCCCGCGUACCCUAGCUACAUUAAUUGAAGUUCAAUAAUAAAAUUAUUAGCAGAUCGAAGAAAGGGGUUGAUUGAUCGAAAAUGGUUAUGGCGAUGGAUUUGGAUUUGAAAAGGAUGGACGAGCAGCUGAAACCCCACGUUGACCGACUUCUCAACAUCCUCGAAAAGGGUGGACCUGCCGGCCGGGGAAAAACUCGCCUGUUUCCGACGGAAGACCUACUGUUCGGGAUGGAAUGCGGCAAACUUCUCAAGGAAAAGGGUCGCCUCAAGUCAAACCCAAAAUCCGGCGGCGGAAGAGGAAAUCCACUGUUUGGGUCGGCGGAAAAGGGUUGCCAGCAGCGGUCAACGGAGUUGAUCAAAGAGGACGCCGGAGAAAGGCAUCCGCCGCUGCCGGAGGAAGGGUGGCAGUUGGACCCCAAGAAACUGACGAUCAAAGCUCUCAUCGAUGAAGGUGCAUCCGGAUUCAUCUAUAGAGGCUCAUAUAACAGUCUUGAUGUUGCAGUCAAAGUGUUCGAAUGGGAAGACGUAAAUACAAGGCAGAAAGUGGAAAAAGAUUUCCUCCAAGAAGUGUCUGUUUGGUAUCAUUUGGACCAUCCUAAUGUUGCAAAGUUUAUUGGAGGAAUAAGGAGCUUAUCAAAGGUGAAUAUCAUGCCCAAACACACCUUUAGAGUGCCUAAGAAUGGCUACUGCCUAGUGGUUGAAUACCUCGCCGGCGGCUCUCUCCGGGAACACCUUUCUAGACACCGGACUAAGAAGCUUUCUGAGAGGGAUAUUGUUCACUUUGCUAUUGAUAUUGCUAAGGGAUUGUGUUACCUUCACUCUAAGAAAAUCAUCCACAGAGAUGUCAUGACCCGUAAUUUGCUUCUUGACAAAGAAGGACGUGUGAAGUUCGUGGACUUUGGAGUUUCUCGAUUGGAGGCAGCAAAUAAGAACUUGAUGACGGCUAGUGCGGGAACACAAGGUUACAUGGCUCCGGAGGUCUUUGAUGGAGAGGAAUAUGACCACAAGUGUGACAUAUAUAGCUUUGGAAUUUGCUUGUGGGAGAUCUACACUUGCACAUUCAUUGUCGACCAGGGUCGAAAACUUGACAUACCAGAUUCGUGCCCAAAGAGUUUAGCAGAUUUGAUGACAUUGUGUUUGGAUUCGGAUUCGAGCAAGAGACCAGAGAUGGAGAUGGUGGUGAAGAUGCUAGAAGCAAUCCCUACUCAAGAUACAUCAAGAAAACUACAUUACACUAAAAGUGUUGGCUGCUUCUCCAUAUUUUCAAGCCUACAAAAGCAUCCUCACUCCUAGAUAGCGCAGGCUGCCUAGCUAUACCAUUUUUAUUUCAUAGCACGUAGGCAAGGGCAGUGGAGGAGCUGGGGAGGGGCAUGAGGGGGCAAGCGCCCCCGCUUCGGGCAAAAAAAAUUAGUACUACUACUUAUAAUAAUACUGAGUAUAUUUAAUGCAUCUCUUCUUCUUUUCAAAAAUCAAUACCAAUUAAGAUUAAUUUUAGAUUAAGUGUUAUAAUAAAAGGUAAAGACUUUCAGGAAAUGUACGUAUCUCUAGGAAUACAAGUACAUACCACACUCAUUUGAAUGCAAGUGUGCAUUUUUUUAGACCUUUAAUUACACACUGUUGGCUUUUCAUGGUUAUAUUGAGCAAGAAAGUAUUGAGUUUGAU